AAGUUGAAAAAUUCUGUUCGGGUUGAUAGUCGUCAACAAAAAUAUUCGUCGGAAAAAGGUACAAAACCGCUGCUAGAAAGCCCUAAAAUAUGUACAAUUUGUUCAGUGUCUUCCCGGGCGCCGAUAGCAGGUAAAAAUUGGCCUACCACGACUAGGCUCGAGGCGUAAUUUUGCGUAGAAAUACACCGCGUCCCUGAGCAACAACGAGCAGGCGACAAAUUUUGAUUGCCAUUCAGCCUGUGAAGCUAGCCAUCAAAUUAAUAUCCUAUAAGAAAAAGGCAACUGAGGGACACUGCGUUUGGGCAACGACGACGACAGCGAAAUAUUUACUGGUGAAAGUACUUUGGUUUCUAUCUCUGCGGUCAUUGAUGUUGGAUCCUUGAGAAUCCCGAAGGUUCUGUAAUCACUCGCGGUGUAUUGUUUUCUAAAGCCGAUUCCCGAAAUCACCACUGCAAUGGACGACGACGGAGACUACCAGGAUGGUGAAAUAGUUUGGGUCAAACUAAGCUAUUGCUGGUGGCCAGGAGAAGUCUUCGGCGGGGAGCGAUUGACAGAGGAGUUUCUGUCGACGCUCAAGCGAAAACCGCUUGCCGUGGUAAAAUUUUUCGAGGAAGAUUCAUAUGAAUUUGUAAAAAAUACCAAUUUUAUCUACAAAUACAACUGUGCCCGGAAACAUGAAUUUUUGCGUAAAGGAUUGGAGCAAUACCGAACCAAAAAUAAACACAUGGAAAAAUUUCCGGCCGAUGUAAUGCGUGCCGAACGUGCAACGGGAGGUGAUCCGAACAUUGUUAACUCAACCGAUUAUUUGCCACACAAACGGGAAAGCUAUGCUGCCCUAUUUCAACAGGAUAAACCCAAGGGGAAGGGUAAAACAGUGUCCAUAGCAACUACAGCGCGCUCUGGCCAGAAAAUCCACUCGCCCAGCAAAGUAAUUCCUGUUAUCCCAGUGCGUAAACAUGAGGUUCGGAUUCUGGCGCAAGCGUCCUCAUCUUCCGGCAUCAAUGUCGGUGGCCGAAGUGUUAAACACUCAGCAAGCCCGCUCUUGUCUGUGAAUACUACACCAAGACUGGCAAAUGCUUCGGUCGAUCUCGGAAGUUCAUCAGUUUCCACAACUUCCGAUUCGUCAUCUACGCAAACCUACAACUGCCAUAAGUGUGGCAUGGAAAGCGGACGGCAAAAUGUGAUUCUAGUUCACGUCAAGUACUGUCGAGCAGUCCCGAUGAUGUCUUCUGCUGUGUCCUCGACCAAAGUUUUCCCUAAAUCGGUCGUAUCACCUCGAGAGCCAAAACCGGCAGACCUAAGUCCAGUUAAGACUCCAACUCCGUUGGAUCAAGUAUCGAGUCGUAAAAUCAAAUCACCCGUGUUGGAAGCGUGCGAGGAAAAAGGUCCGGAGCAAGAAGAGUUGGUAGAAGUUAUUCAAGUCGUAGAACCUGCGCGUGGUCGAGCCAGGAGUACUUCGAGAGGUGCUGUUCCGCUGACAGUAACACCAAAAUUGAGUGAUCGUCGCAAAACUAGAGGCAAAGGAAAGAACUCAGCCGUCGCCGCUGUUGUCUCACCCACUCUAGAUAUCGACAGGGAGGUCGCAAUGGAAGCCGGUGAAACACCACUGACGGAAGGACGUUCCGAAGAGCAAGCUAAAGAGUCAUUAAACUCUUCCGGUGACAAAUCAGAAAAAAUAAAACCGGAUGUUGAACUGAAGAAUGAACUUCUCGCAGAUUGGAGUGAAGAUGAACAGGACGAACCCGAUGGUGAACCGGUUAAGGACGAAAAAAGUUCAAAAAACGUUACACCCGAAGCUGACUCGAGUCGGUCGGCAAACGAAGAAAGGAAUAUAUCGCUGGCAAAUUUGAUGGACUCUAGCUUGGACAAAUCGACUGAGUCAUCGCCACAAGUUUUUUCACCUGUUUCAUCGGCAACCACGAUCAAGUACAGAAAUAUACCGAAGAAGCAGAAACGUGAAUUCGUAGAGGUAACAAAUGAUCAGUUAUCAGCAGCACCCGCUAGCUGUCAGAUUGAGAAGUCCUCUAGUGAGAGUAGUAUCAGUACAGCAGCAACAUGUGGUGAAACGCUUAGCGCUCCUGAUAAAACACCGACUGGCAGUGAAAGUGCAUUAUCGGAAAAACCUCUCAGUGCUAAGCAGCGAAUUUUAGAUCGCGCAACUCGCGGGUCUAGUAAAUCCGUAAGCAGCGAUGAAUUGAAACCAGAUUCCCCACAAAAAGCGGCAGUCACAGAAUCUCAAUCCGCUGCUGAGGGAGAGACACAAAAGGAAACUUCUUGUUUCGAUUUCAAGGAGGAAGAAGAAGAGGAAGUAGUUCUCAGUAAAUCCCCAAGAAGGUCACUUUCCAACAAACGUGACGCCUCUUUGGAGUUGAAUGCUGGUGCCUUGGAUGAGGAAAUUGAAAAAGAGCGUGCGAAAAAAGACACUGAGUUGAAAAAUGAAAUCGAUUCGCUCUUGUGCGAUACCAUUGUACCGACACUACCAGAAUUACCGAAAAUUUCCAGGCUACCGUCACCAGGCCCAUCAUCGUCACCACCAGAACCGGUAUUGCCGACAAAGGAAGAUCGCACACUUCCUCCGAAAGAACGCGGUAAGCGCAUCUUCAAAACCCGCAACAAAAUUAUAGAAAAUGAAGCCAUUGCCUUGGAACAGUCUAAAGCUAUCCUGCAAGAUUUCGUGAAACAAUCGCAUGAGCAAGAGCUGGCCGAGUUGCAUAAGCAGCAGCAAGCUGAAUCUAAAUUAAAUUCAGAAUCACCUACCACAACCAAUGAUGAUUCCCAAGAAUCGGCCACCUUUACUGAUCCUAAACGAUUUGAAAACUCGGAGUUCGUUGCUAUAAAAGCAAAACGAACAAAACUUCAGCAGGUGGAUAAAUUCAAAGCUGUUCCAGUGAUCGACAAAGAUACUUCUCAAGAGUCAGCGGUCAGUUCUAGUAUUGAAACAAAAGCUUCUGAAUCUGAAACGUUACCCGUUUCGAUCAAAAAAGAACAACUUGCUUUGGAUUCUCUCUCGCCACUGGCAAGUAAGGGCCGUAAAGGAAAGUUGCGAAAAUCCGCUACACCUCUUGUGGAAAUCGAAAAAGACAUGGAAUCAUCGAUUCCUAAUUCUAGUUCCGUGAGUCCUGCUGUAGAACCCACCCCGAAAACGAGGAAAAAGAGAAGCGGAGAACUGCAAAAUCUGUAUAUGGCUACAUUCGAUGCUCCGCGUUCGCGUAGAAGUAAGGCUACAAAGCCAGUUGAUGAUCCUGUAGCAGUUGAAUCAAAAGUAGAAACGAUUGUGUCGAUCGUGGCCGAAAACGAUACUAAACCGCACAAGCCUUCUGAAACAGAAACAGAAAAAAAUAAACAUGAAUUAUCUUCAAUGGAAUCUCCAUCACCUCUUGAAGAGCGUAAUCAGUUCUCUAAAACUACGCGGUCGAAGCGGUCUAGACAAUUACAACAGCAUACAGCUGAUUCGACGGCAGACAGACAUAAUGAGGUAGUCGAUGUUGAUAUUGCAGCAAAGGAACAGCCAGAAGAGUCUGUAGCUGUCGUCAAGCAGCAGCCUAUCAAAAUGAUCAUCAAAUCUAAGGGUAGAAAAUCUAAUUCGGAGCUCGUUUAUGGACCAGUGGUUGUAUCCCCUGAGCCAAUCAUUGAAGAGAUUAAGGAAAAACUUCCAAGAUCGCCAAAAAGUUCUAAAAGGAAAAAACAUCCACUUGAGGAAGUUGAACAUAUUCCACAGUUUGAUUUGGAAAGCUCGGAAGUACAGGAUACAACCCCGAUUAAGUCAUUAAAACUCAAGCGUCCUAAGUUUAGAAAUGAAGCCACCCGAACUCCAGACGAAAUUUUGCACGAUAAAGAACUGAUUGGGCCCAGUGCGACGGAUCUUCAGAUUGCUGAAGCGCUGAUACAUCUUCCGGAAUCUGCUCCUCCAAAAGUAGGUGUUCUAGAUCAAGAAGUAGAAUCGAAACUAAACAGCAUUUCAUCGGCACCAGUUCCGUCGAAGAGUAUAAACCCACGAAAACGACACCUGCAAACUCAUCUGCUGAGCACCGUCGAAUCAACUAAUCAGACUGGUUUAGUAGAAAGCGUAAUCAUUCCAGACAAAAAGAAGCGAGACAUGAUCGAAGUGGUUAGUGUGGCACCCGCAUCUGUCGUUGACAUCGAUAGGUCAGUCGUAGCCAUGCCGACAACGGCUCAUCAGUCUCUCGAUGAGGAUAAAUUUGAUAUCGUUAACAUUCCCAUCGUUAUGGACGAAAGCGAAUUGUUAGAAGAUACAACUAUUUCAACUACGACAAACAAGUUGCAAUUAGUGGGAAGUGCUCCAGGUUCGAUUACCGUGGAUGAAGAAGACGAUGAUGUCAAAUUAAUUUCCACUUCGAAACCAACUACAAAGAAGAUCGUUAUCGUGAAAAACAGUAAUGGCUCGGCGAAAAUUAUUCCCGCCAGGGAAAAACCUCGUGAUGCUACAUCACCAAUUUCUCCUAAAAAUGUUAGCAUCAAGACAACGACCAUUACGAUAAAGCCGCCCUCAGAUCAGCUAUCACCACAAUCUACGCGAUCAUCCGCUCAAUCCCCUCCGCUCCGAUCGGCUCAACUAAUUCAAGCUAGCAGUGGAGGCCAGAUUGUUAUCACUAGUAAGGGGACCGUUCUGACGACGCAAUCGCCAACCACUUCAACCGCCAAAAGUCAUGUGGCCAUCACACCAAAAACACAGCUAGCCCACGCCAGCUCGAAAACUACAGCAUCAGUUUCGUCUGUAUGCAGCGUCAGUGCUAUCAGUAGCUCCACUUCCAGCAAGUCUCUUCUCGCAUCAGGUACGAGCAAUGUGAAAACUCCUAUUAAGAUUUGCGUACAGUCACAAGAAAUUAUUCAUAUGCCAGCAAAAUCACGAUCCGCACAGAAAUCUAAUGAAGCGUCUCAUAUCGCUAAACAAAUGGAGAUGCCACAGAUUAAAAAGUCUGCAACAAGCCCACCAAAGAAAGUUCUUGCUAAAAAGUUAUCGGAAGGAAGUGCGACGACUGAAAAGCCGCUAUUUUCAACGUCAAAAGGUGCGCCUAUUACACCCACAAAGGCAACUACAUCGGCCGUAAAUCCAGGAAAAAAGGGCCAUCGAGUGAUCAAAAUUUCUCCACAAAAGCUUAAGGAAUUCACACGUCUUGGAAUGGUAGAAGACAAAGGUCAAGGCAAGGUACUGACAGCUAGCGGAAUGAAAAAGUUUCGACAGGAGCAACUGCUUCUACAACAACAACAACAUCAACCUUCGAUUUCUUCAGGAAAACAGGAAAAAGCACCGCGUACUGCUUCUGUUGACGAAGAACCAUCGACAUCGACUCCUACGCCACCCCCGUCGAACUGCGCUACUGCUGAGGUAGUUGUUGCAGCAGCAGCAGAUUCCUCGGUAAAAGAAAUUCCGACAAUUGCACUAGAAACAGAUGAUUCGCCGGAAAUUACACCGGUUGCCUCCUCUACUCACUCCCCUGCAAAAUCAGCUUCACCCGCUGCAACAACAUCCAUAGAAUCAAAUACUGAGUCGCCAAAUGAAGAAAAUGAAGCUGACGCGACAAUUUCAAAUCUAGAGUCGCUGGCCGAGAGUAACUCGGUACAAACCUCUCAUAAUAAACCAGUUCAACAGCCAACCGAAACCAGAGAAUCAUCCGCAGAAACGCCGUCAGCCGAAGCAACUGAAUCCGGGUCAAACGUUCAGGAAUCCUCCCAACUAAUAGCCGUUCCAGCGGAAAAUUUCGGCGGUCCUGCCAAUCUCUUCUACCUGUGCUCGGUACGAGAGGAGGGAUUUGUUCCCGUGAACAACGAACUGCUUUACCUCGAUUCGUCUAAUCAACUGGUCGCUCUGCCGGAAAAUGCAUCAGUAGAAGACAUCGUCAGUCAGGCCGAGGUGCUCGAGAUUCCUGCUGGAAGUGAACAGGCCGCGAUAGCUGCAGCCACAGUUGCAGAUUUAGAAGGUGCGGUUGAGGGGCAACAAAACAUUCUGCUCAACACUCAAGACGGGCAGCAGAUUAUUCUAGACCAGCAGAGUCUAAUGGCGCUGGCAGCCGGAGGGGACACGUCACAGCUUCUAACACCCGAUGGACAGCAGAUUCUUUUACAAGGAUCUGCCCAAGAGCUGCUGGCAGCACUUGCGGUUAGUCAAUCCGGCCUCGGAAUAGUGGCUGCCGAGGGUACCCAGAUAAUUGUUGCACCGGACUCGUUGAUCGAUCUGCAAGAUGCACCACUUCCUGGGGAAAUUAUCCAGGUGAAUCCGAAUACAACGGUGGAAACAAAUGCUGUUCUGACAAAGCCACCGAUUAUGUCAACGGUGGAAGUUCCUACUAAAAAUGGUAACGGAACAGAAACUUCUGCCCAUUCGCCGGAGCAGAAAGUCCUGGACACUGCUGCGACGAAUCUCGACGAAAGCUUAGCUGCCGUUAUUGGAGUAUCCGCAAAUUCGCACGUACCCACAUCACUGGAACUGCCAAUCACUGUCACAAAUCCGGUUAUUGCCAAAACGACGACCAGCAAGAUCAAUCCGAUCUAUCCUUCGACGACGGCCGUUUCAGCGAUUGGCAUAGAUCCAGCAGCCGUGGCAGCGACAGUAAUCGAGCUUCCAACGGUAGUACAAGCAGGUAUUGAUAGUUCGCACGUUGGAACACUCGAGACUAACUCUAGUAACGACAAAAAUUGUGAUUCAGAUCAGCAAACAAUCGGUACUGCUGAUGAGUCUGGACAUAUGACAGAGACUAACGGUAAAAGUACUGACGAAGAUGACGAGAAUUGUAAGGCCGAACGUGAAAAUGAUUUAGAUGAAAUUAUUCCUAAUACCCCGGAAUCACAAAUGAACAGUCAUGCCGAGAUAGCGUCUCAGUUCAGUGAUGAUGAAUCAGAAGCACCAGUCCCAAUCCCAAACGUCGACGAAGACGACGAAGAUGUUGCCUCGAACUGUAGUGAAAUCAUUCCCAUACAGCCGAACAUAGUAGUUAUGAGAAACAUGAACAAUGAACUUAUCAGUAAUAACGAUAACAGUAGUGACAUGGAUAUAGAAGAUACUAAUCCGGGAAACGAGGAAAAUAAUCCGGGUUUGCCGUCAACCCCGGAGACGCACGUGUUCGACGGUGCCAACAAUAGUGCAGUAGUUGAAAGAUAAUAUCUAGCGAGCGGAAGUGGAACGUAUCUAAAUUUUACCACAGUGGCACAGGCUGAGCUGGUAGGUGGUCCUUACAGUGCGAUUCCAACGGCAGAGCUGCACAUUCUGCCAAUUCCAUCCGGCAACACUGCCCCGGCUCGGCAAUAUCGAUCUAAACCGGCACCACCUGCUGCUAGCUCAGCCGGGAGUGCUGCUGCGGUGCGUUCAUUUUCAUCCUCAUCAUCCAUUUUGUUGACCGACCGCGGUAAUACCAACACAAGCGACUCCAGUAGCCUCACCAACAACAUCAACAACACUAUUUUCUCGUCAUCAGAGCAUCUGUUCUUCUAAAUCUGCGCAAUUGCGAGAAGUCUUUCCAUAGACCCUCUGACAUCAAUCAAAUCAAUAUGGGAUUAAAACAGGUCUUUUGCCACAUUUGGACAGUAACCGGCGUCCGGGACCUCAGUAUGACUUUCUACCUGUUGGAAGCAUGAGAGACGUCUAUAAUCCUGGUUCGACGU